UUCAAGCUUUUAAAUUUUGUUUAAUGAAAAUAAAAAAAUGUCCUACGUGUGGGCAACAAAUAGUUAAAAAGCAAGACAAGAAUGUAGAGAAUCCACCUUCGUUUGUAUCAGGGGAUGCUCGCGACGUUGUGAAGUUUUAUCGGCAUAACAGAACGGGAUUUUUGCGGAAAGUUGCUCAAACGGUUGCCAGUGUUUCCUCUCUUAAUGAAAAAAGUGUUUCUAUCAAACCACCAAAGUCUAAACGCAGAAGAUCUUAUUGUCAGGUUAAAUUACCACCAUUGGAGCAAGCAGUUAUUAGAUUGAAACAUCUGCGUUCGUUAAAUUUUAUAAACAAUCAAAUUCCGUACGUUGUAACUUCUUCAACUUGUUCUGACAAACAUGUGUUACGUACUCAUUUUACAAGCGAUUCUCUUACCUUUGAGUUUUUUAAUACAAUAUCACCCAUUUCGGUUGGUAAUUGUUCUGCAAAAUUUGACGUUUUUCUUUGUGGAGUCAAUUCUGAUCAAAGAAGUUUGCAUUUUUGGGAGCACCUCCUCACAUUCGUUAGUCUUGUAAAUGAUAAGAAGCGGCAAAAUAAAGUAUUGGAAAUUUGGGUUCCUGAACUUGGAAAUUGUUGUGAUCAACUUCUUUUGGUUGUGGAUGGCUGCGCUCUUACGUGUUUUCCAAUUGGAGUAAAACGAAGGAAGAGAAGAAUGCGAGAUCUAAAAAGUCAAAGAAGCGACAAUACAUUACAUCAAUUUACACAAUUGGAUAUUCAACCAAAUGGUAACGAGUGUGUAUUUAAAGUGGAUCAAACAAAAAUUGAUUUUAUCGGGGCUAAACGACGGCGAUUAGAGGAAGAUGAUUUUAACGUGAUGAAUAAUUCUGGUACUAGCAACGUGGCCAAUGAUGAGAACAAUGAGAAUAUGGAUCUUUCAAUUAAUUCCGAAUCUGGAAAACAUCAACAAAGGAGAAUUAGAAUGUUGCGAAGUAGCUAUUCUGGAACAAAGUUUGCUAAUUCUUCCAAAGAACAUCAAGAUGAAACAAAAACUUCCUCAUAUCCUCCAACUCUUAUUAAUUCUAAAAUUAGACUUCGUGGAACUAGACUUAUUGGGAAAUGGAUAAACAAACAAACCUCAAUGAAUAAUAAUGAACAUGGGAAUUUGAACCAAUUCAAUAGAGUUUUUACACCAAUUUUCAGUUCAAAAGGAAUAUAUCUAAAUACCUCAAUUAUAAAUAAAAAUGACAUGAGUGGACUUGCUGAUUUAAAAAAUUUGAAUUAUCAAAUGAUUGAGGAUAUCAAUAUUGAAUCUUCAAAGAGAGCUUCUAGAGAUUCUUGUUCAAUACUGCAGACGAAAACAAUUAAUCCACAAUUAAGCGUCAAUAAUGAGUCAAAUGUGAAUGCUAAAAAUCUCAGUUCUUUAUCUUCAACGAAAUUGAACAACAAAACAAAUAAACCAGUUCGGUAUGCUAUUUGUUACUUUAUAUCCGGUUCAAAUCCUAGUGUAAUUCAAGAUUCUGCACUCUCCUUAGCUGAUCUCAGGCAAUUACCUCAAACUUGGAAAGCCCCAGUCAAAUGCUUAAUUUGCUCUCGCCGUUUUAAUCAUAUCUGGCAUUUAGCGUUUCAUUUAGUAAAUCUAAUUUUCUUUUUCCUGGUUAUUAUUUUGAUAAUAUUUCAGAUGACUAAUUAUCCCUCAUUAACCUUCAAAUUUUAUAUUGAUGCCAAAAACGAUGUGAAUGACUGUUCAAGUAGUAAAAAUUCAGAGAAAAGUGCACAGGCUCCCUCAUUUAUUAUAAGAUUUUCUACUUCUAAUGUAACAAAUGAGCUUGGAAAAAAUGAAGCAAAUAAACCAAUGUUAAUUUUCAGAAAUAAGGCUCGUUUUAUGCGUUCAUCAUUUCUACAAUUAUCUAAUUUGGAUGUAGAUGAUAAACAUACAAUUGUAUCUUCCGUUAAUUCUGUAAGGGACAAUAUAACUGUGUCUAUGCCAGUCAAUAGUGGAAUAAGUUUCAAAGGUGUUUUACCUUUUAACGGAUCUAAAUACGUUGAGUUCUCGUCUGUGGGUCUUUGUAGCGUUGAUUGUGAUGGAGGAUGGAUUCGGGAUAGUUAUAAACAGGCAAUUAUUAUUCUAUUAUUUUUUUAUGAAAAAAUUUUUUUAUAGCGCUUCAACCAGAUUACCGAUCUCUUGCCCAAAGAAAAGCGUUUCUUUGUUUACUGGAAUGAAUUUAUUGGAAAACCGAUUAAUAAGGAACUUGCUCAAUAUCAAAUGCCUGUGU